CAUGACAUAGUGUGAAUUAUAAACUAUCGUAUUAUUUCCCUGGCUAUGCAACAUCACGUAUUCUCGACCUAAUCAAAGCUAAACUGUACGGUAUAUAUAAUCAAAUCUAAAGAAUACCUACACCGUUAUUGGUUACCCUACAUUUAUCAAGUAAAAUUAACAAGUUCAUCAAGUCAACAACAGAGUAGAGACCGAGUUGAAGUCACUAUCACUAUUCAAAUCAAUAUCAGGGGUGAGUCCGUAAAUAUCUGUCUUGGUUGAAGCUAUAGGCUAGAAGUCCAAAGAUGCAAUUUUGUGCCAAUAACAGUGAUUGGCUGGACACGUGGGUGAAUAAAGGAAUAAACUUGUGUUUUUACGACUCUUUAACCAGUGGUAUUCUUCUUUUGUUUAUCCUACUUAGUUGUGUUAUUCAGUGUACCAUAUAUAGCCAUUACGCAAUAAAAAUCACAACGCAAAUAAAGAGUUCCUGGGGGUAUUGGUUGCAAUGCAUAGUGACGACUAUUUUAAUGUUGGAGGCAUUGAUGCACAUGAUUGUCCAAGACAGUGCUUUUAACAAUGAAAGAAUUCUGGGAUAUCAAGUAUUGACAGGCGUGGCGUUAAUCGUUUGCUGGUUUCUAACAUUACGUUUAGUCAGCUUGGAGAGAAAUUAUAUGCUACCGUCCCUGCCAUCGCGCAGUCAUCAAUUAGCUCUGUUGUUUUUCUGGGGUUUAGCGUUAAUGAGGGAAAUUCUAGCAACCAUAUCAUGGUGGAGUUCUUCAUGGUGGUUCCAAUUAAAAAGUGAAAAAGACCAGGUUGAGUUGGGUUUCUGGUUAGUUCGAUUCCUCUUAACGUUAACCGCGUUUAUACUGGGAUUAAGGGCACCAGCUUUAAACCAUUUAAAUUAUGAACUACUUGUUAAUAGUUCUCCUGAGAAUGUGAAUAAUACUACUAUUAGUCAACAGAAUGCUUCAACAUGGUCCAAUGUGUGGGUGAAGUUAAAGUUAAUGUUACCGUAUGUUUGGCCUAAAGGACAACAUGUCUUACAAGUUGUAGUUUUUAUAUGUUUAAUAUUAUUAGGAAUAGGACGAGCCAUUAAUGUUCUAGUUCCAAUUUACAGUAAAGAUAUCAUUAACAGUUUAACAACGACACAAUCUGCUACACAAGCUCCAGCCGACCUGUCUCUUGUUUUUAGAUAUGAUUUUAUCUUAAUAUACGUUUUUCUACUCUUUCUUAAAGGAGGUGGCACAGGUACGACUGGUUUAUUGAAUAAUAUUAGAGCAUUGUUGUGGAUUAGAGUUCAACAGUUCACCACUAGAAGAAUAGAACUUAAAUUAUUCACUCAUCUACAUUCGUUAUCGCUAAGUUGGCAUCUCGGUAGAAAGACAGGAGAAGUUCUACGAGUCAUUGAUAGAGGUACCAAUAGUAUAAAUAGUUUACUCAGUUAUUUGGUAUUUAAUAUCUUGCCAACUAUAAUAGAUAUAGUGAUAGCUAUUAUAUAUUUUGUCACAGCUUUUAACUAUAUAUUUGGUCUGGUUGUCUUUCUUUGUAUGGCUCUUUAUCUUACUAUAACUAUAAUAAUAACAGAAUGGAGAACUAAGUAUCGACGAUCUAUGAAUAGAUUAGAUAAUGCUGCUAAUGCCAGGGCUGUGGAUUCUCUUCUUAAUUUUGAAACAGUGAAGUAUUAUGGUAAUACCCAGUUUGAAUCAGACAGAUAUAAUCAAGCUAUUUUAGAUUAUCAGAAAGCUGAAUGGGAUGCCACUGCUAGUUUGAAUCUGUUGAAUUUUCUCCAGAAUUUUGUGAUUUCAAUAGGAUAUUUAGUGGGUUGUUUGUUGGCAGCGUGGGGUGUGGUUCAUGGUAUACAGGAUUUACAUCUAACCGUUGGUGACUAUGUUUUAUUUGGUACUUAUAUAGCACAGCUGUACGUACCUUUAAACUGGCUAGGAACUUAUUAUAGAAUGAUCCAAACAGCAUUUAUAGAUAUGGAAAACAUGUUUGAACUUUUAGAUCAAGAUACAGAGAUAGUAGAUAAACUAGGAGCUAAAGAUCUGGACAUAAAAGGUGGUAAAAUAGAAUUUGAUCGUGUUAACUUUAGAUAUGAUCCGAGGAAAUCAAUACUGAAGGAUAUAUCAUUUACAGUGAAUCCAGGACAGACAUUAGCUCUGGUGGGUCAUACAGGUAGUGGUAAGAGUACGCUAGUACGUUUAAUGUUCAGAUUUUAUGAUAUAGAAUCUGGCAGUAUUAAAGUUGACGGACAGGAUAUAUCAGCGGUGACACAAGAUUCUUUACGUAGUGUUAUUGGUGUUGUACCACAAGAUACAGUAUUAUUUAACAGUGACAUCAGGUAUAAUAUAAGAUAUGGUCGUGUUACUGCUACAGAUGAAGAAGUUUAUGAUGCUGCUAAAGCUGCUGAUAUACAUCAUCGUAUUUUAGCCUUUCCUAAUGGUUAUGAGACAGUUGUUGGUGAAAGAGGUUUAAAAUUAAGUGGUGGAGAGAAACAAAGAACAGCCAUUGCUAGAACAAUAUUAAAGGCACCUUCUAUAGUAUUAUUAGACGAGGCUACCUCAGCUUUGGAUACGAAAACGGAACGCAAUAUUCAGACAUCAUUAUCAAGUAUCUGUGAAAAUAAAACAACAAUAAUAGUAGCUCAUCGUCUAUCUACUAUAAUACAUGCUGAUCUUAUUCUAGUUUUAAGUGAAGGUGAAAUUAUUGAAAGAGGAACGCAUGAAGAGCUGUUACUUCAAGAUGGUCAUUAUGCUGAUAUGUGGCAGCAACAGCUAACAAAACAAGAAAUGAAUUCUCUAGAAAAUGGCGCAGAAAAUGGUGCAGAAAAUGGCACAGAAAAUGAUGUUGAUUAAAGACUUAUAGCAGACCUGGAAAUAACGGUUUUAGAUGUACCUGACAAAAUGUUAGGCACUAAUGAAAUAGUACCUGACAUUUUCAACUUAUUGCCAGACAUGUAUUAAUAAUAUCAAUAAAACAGACAAAUCACUGCCAGACAAAUCACUGCCAGACAAAAUGACAGGCGUCAGAGGCUUAGUGCCUGACAAAGCCUGAAUCUGUGCCUGACAUUGUCUGUGACAGGUGCCUUUUUUCCUGGUUUGCUUAUAGUGGUUUUAUCAAAAUUUUGUUUUACUUAAAAACAAAAAGAAAAAAAAAAUAUUGCAAAAAAUAGGGUUUUUUUUGAAAACCUAGGGCCUUACUCUUAGAAUCUUAAAUCCCUUAAAAAGUAAUUAGAAUUCUUAAUUCAGGGUCUAAGAAUGCUGAAUGAGUGUUCACCAUAUUGAGUGUUCACCAUAUUUUCUGAUGUACAAAGGGCACAGGUGCACCACACAUGUGGGGGAGCUGGCCAAGGCCGGUAUUCUUUGGAGCAAUGGAGAUGUUUAUUAAGACACAUCCUUCUUCCACAACAACAAACAUAUCACACACCCGGUAAGAGACAGUUUAGGCUGAUGUAUGAUUCCCAGUAAAUUACUGUAAAAUUGUUUCAAUGACAUUUAGUAAUGGAACUGGAAUAUACAGGUCACAAUUCUAUGUAAUACAAUUACUGCUUAUUACUGAGCGACGUUUCGACUAGUCUUUUCUUGAACCAUGUGUUAGCCCCCGAAAUGAUUUAGUUUAUUUUGGGUGGGCGUUAAAUCUCUUUCUCUCUCUCUCUCUCUCUCUCUCUCCCUCAUUUGAUAUGUACAACUAAAUAAAGAGAUCAUACAGGGCACAAUUCUAUGGAAUACAAUUACUGCAUAUGUGAUAAUUAUGUUUAUAUCCUCAGGCCUUAUCCUUGAAAACAUAUAUCUACAGUAAUUUAUACAGGUCACAAUUCAAUGGACUUACUGAGUGAUGUUUAUUACUGAGUGAUGUUUCGAC